UUCUCCCCCGUCUCCUCCUCCUUCUUCCCUCCGGCUGGAAAGUUUCUAGAACCCCUUCCCGGCGGCCCUUGCGGUUCCAACAUGGCGGAGCUGACGGUGGAGGUUCGCGGCUCCAACGGGGCUUUCUACAAGGGAUUUAUCAAAGAUGUUCAUGAGGAUUCACUCACAGUUGUCUUUGAAAACAACUGGCAACCAGAACGCCAGGUUCCAUUUAAUGAAGUAAGACUACCUCCCCCACCUGACAUCAAAAAAGAAAUUACCGAAGGAGAUGAAGUGGAGGUUUACUCAAGAGCAAAUGACCAAGAACCAUGUGGAUGGUGGUUAGCUAAAGUUCGAAUGAUGAAAGGAGAAUUCUACGUCAUUGAAUAUGCAGCUUGCGAUGCCACCUAUAAUGAAAUAGUUACAUUUGAACGACUUCGACCUGUCAAUCAAAACAAAACUGUCCAAAAGAAUACCUUCUUUAAAUGCACAGUGGAUGUUCCUGAGGAUUUGAGAGAGGCGUGUGCGAACGAAAAUGCCCAUAAAGACUUCAAGAAGGCAGUAGGAGCCUGUCGAAUUUUUUACCAUGCUGAAACUACUCAGUUAAUGAUCCUGUCUGCCAGCGAGGCAACAGUCAAAAGGGUCAACAUACUAAGCGACAUGCAUUUGAGGAGCAUCCGUACAAAGCUGAUGCUUAUGUCAAGAAAUGAAGAAGCCACCAAGCAUUUAGAAUGCACAAAGCAACUUGCAGCAGCAUUUCACGAGGAAUUUAUAGUGAGAGAAGAUUUAAUGGGCCUGGCAAUAGGAACGCACGGUAGUAACAUACAACAAGCUAGAAAGGUUCCUGGAGUUACUGCAAUAGAGCUGGACGAAGAUACCGGUACUUUCAGAAUCUAUGGAGAGAGUGCUGAUGCAGUUAAAAAGGCCAGAGGCUUCUUGGAAUUUGUAGAGGAUUUUAUUCAGGUUCCCAGAAAUCUUGUUGGAAAAGUGAUCGGGAAGAAUGGCAAAGUGAUUCAAGAGAUUGUGGACAAAUCUGGAGUUGUUAGGGUGAGAAUUGAAGGAGACAAUGAAAAUAAACUACCUAGAGAAGAUGGAAUGGUUCCAUUUGUAUUCGUGGGCACUAAGGAAAGCAUUGGAAACGUACAGGUCCUUCUAGAAUACCACAUUGCUUACCUAAAGGAAGUAGAGCAGCUAAGAAUGGAGAGACUUCAGAUCGAUGAACAACUACGUCAGAUUGGUAUGGGUUUCAGACCCUCCUCCACCAGAGGGCCCGAAAAAGAAAAAGGAUAUGCCACCGAUGAAAGUACCGUGUCCUCUGUACAAGGCUCUAGAUCGUAUAGCGGAAGAGGGAGAGGUCGCCGGGGCCCUAAUUACACUUCUGGCUAUGGUACAAAUUCCGAGCUGUCUAACCCCUCUGAAACAGAAUCGGAGCGGAAAGACGAACUGAGCGAUUGGUCGCUCGCCGGAGAAGACGAUAGGGAAAACCGACAUCAGCGCGACAGCAGAAGACGUCCGGGAGGAAGAGGCAGAAGUGUCUCAGGGGGUCGAGGUCGCGGUGGACCUCGGGGCGGCAAGUCCUCAAUCAGCUCUGUGCUCAAGGAUCCGGACAGCAACCCUUACAGCUUGCUCGAUAAUACAGAAUCCGACCAGACGGCAGACACCGACGCCAGUGAAUCUCACCACAGCACUAACCGUCGCAGGCGGUCUCGCCGACGAAGGACCGAUGAAGAUGCCGUUCUCAUGGAUGGGAUGACCGAAUCCGAUACCGCUUCUGUUAAUGAAAAUGGGAUAGAUGAUAGCGAAAAAAAACCCCAGCGACGCAAUCGUAGCCGCAGGCGUCGUUUCAGGGGUCAGGCAGAAGAUAGACAGCCAGUCACCGUCGCUGAUUACAUAUCCAGAGCCGAGUCUCAAAGCAGACAGAGAAACCUUCCAAGGGACACUUUGGCUAAAAACAAGAAAGAAAUGGCAAAGGAUGUGAUUGAAGAACACGGUCCCUCAGAAAAAACCGCGAACGGCCCCACUAGCGAUGAUACUUCUAAAGUGCAGAAUACUCCAGAAGAAGAGAAGACAAAUGCUUUGCAAGAGAAGCCUACUCAAGAGGAAGCAGUCCUGAAUGGUGUCUCAUAAACUGAAGUUCCUAGUUUACAGUUCUUAUACAUUACAUUUUACAAUAGUGCUUGUACAAGCUUGCCAAAGAUAGAAUAUGGAUCGCCAGUCUUUACCCCGCACUUUCAGUUCCUCCAUUUGGAAUACAGAAAGGGAGGGAUCCUGAAAAAACCAUAUGUAAAACGUACUUUGACACCUACUGUGUUAUAAAUAUAUCAUCAGAUGUGCCUUGAUAGUAUAUGUAACAUUAAAAAAAAAUUGCUGGCUAUAGGAAAUGUUAUUUUGUUUUCAAAAUAUGGCGAAGAUGGUGUGGGUGGGGGAGGGGGGCGGAGAAGAAGGAUCCCUAACGUAAUAUUCUUUAUGAAAGCAUUAGUUGCUUUUGUUACAUUUUUAAUAAUAUGCAACCACUUCUUCACCUGAGGAAAACUAGAAUGAAAUGCAGUCUAAAAUAUUUUGCACUGAAUUGUAAUUUCUCCAUUAGUUUAGUCUGGAAACUGGUCUGUUUUAAUACAUGUUUUUUAAAUGCUGUAUGUAGAGGAAAAACUGCAGACCACUGGAAUACAUUUGUUAAAUUCUCAAAAUCUGCAGGGACACUGGGUGAUAUUGGCAGUGACUGUUCUACAUUGAGGCUUUGUUUGGUUUAUUUAUUAAACUGUACAGUAUUUAAAAAUCAAACAUAGCUUUAGUUAAAAACACUAAGCUGAGUUAGUCAUGUCCAUUCAGACAUAACCUGAACUACUGAAAAGAUCAAUUUCCAGAAGGUUUAUUCUGUAUAAACUACUACAUAUGUUAGUCCUUAGAGUAUUUUUAUUUUUGUUUUGGUUGUUUGAUGUGCAAUAUGUUUUUGUAUGCAGGUAGUAAAAAAUAAACUUUGAUCUUCCAUUU